UUAGAACCCUAGUUGCUCCGUGUUCUAGGGCAAGGAGGAGCUAGGGUUUUCGGAGCGGCAAGAGAUGGCCGAUGCGUCCAACAAGAAACGCGGCGCGCUUCGGCAGAUUACCAAGGACGAUCGGGCAGACGACGACGAGGAGGAUGCCUCUCCAUCGGAGCAAGGGACAUUCGCGAGGGCCAGCGACGAGGUACUCGCGACGAGGAAGAUUGUCAAGGUCCGGCGGAGUUCUUCCACGGCAGCAGCGCCAUCGGGGCCGAAUUUGUUCGCAAACAUCCAGCUCGUAGCUCCCAGCACCGCUCCUCCGGUGGUUUCUUCCACUCCAGCUCCAGCUCCGGUGAUGGAUUCGCCAGUGAAAGAUCCGGGCGAGAAUGCGAAGGAUGGAGGAAAGAAUGCGAAUGGAAACGGCAACGCCAAGGAAGAGGAAGAGAAGCAAGCAAAGGAAGAGGUGGCUCCAAACGAGAAUGGGGAGGAGGAGGGUGGCAAUCCAGGGAAAGCUCCAGUGGCAGCGGCGCUACCAAAAUCCUUCGAUCAAGUCUCCUCCAGCGCCAACGCAUUUGGAUCUUUCGGCACGGCCUUCUCCACCUCGAGCUUCUCCUUCUCGACGACUGGAUCAUCGUUUAGCUUCGGGAGCUCGCCGGCAAUGGGCUUUGGUUUCUUUGGCUCCUCCACCACCACCACAACCACCGCGACGCCAGCCGAGGGAGGGAAGUUCCCACUCUUUGGACAGGCGCCGCCGAGCAGCGGCGACACGGCGGCGCCGCCAUCGAGCAGCGGCGGCGGUGGCGGUGGCGGCGGCGGACACCCGACGGUGUCGCUUCAGGAGGUUCCGGUCGAGACGGGGGAGGAGAACGAAAAGGCGGCGUUCUCCGGCGAUGGGAUCCUGUACGAGUUCGUGGACAAGAGCUGGAAGGAGCGGGGCAAAGGCGAGCUCAAGCUCAACUUAUCCGAGGAUUUGAAGAAGGCCCGGCUGGUGAUGCGAUCCAGGGGGAACUUGAAGCUGCUGCUCAACGCCAGCCUCUUCCCGGACAUGAGGAUGAGCAAGAUGGACGGGCGGAGCGUCACGUUUGCGUGUGUCAACAGCGCCGCCGCCGCCGCCAGCGCCGCCAAGGAUGGCAAGGCUGUGCUUACCACGUACGCCGUGAAGCUGCGAGACGCGGCCGGGAUUCCAGAGUUCCUGGGGCUGGUUGAGGCGCACAAGGGGAUCAGGCCGGCGGCGGAGGUGGCGGAGGCGGCGGAGGAAGCGGAGGAGGUGGCGGCGGUGGAACAAAAGGCUGAUGAUCAAAGUGGCAGCGAAGAUGCUCAACGAAACGGUGGCGAGGAACAAGCGCCAAAAGAAGAACAGGUGUGAGCGAGCGAUCUUUCUACAUUUUGUUGUGUGCUUGCGAUCGAUCGAUCAACUUCAAAACAUUGAUAUUUGAUUGAAAUAGACUAAUCGGAAGAACAAAGUGAUAGCCA